GGAAAUAUGUGAGUGUCACAGAGAGAAUCACAGUUUCAGACUUGUCUGUCCUUGCAGAAGCACAUUUGCCCUCAGCUCUGCCCUGACGUGUCGCUCCACUGCGCUCUACAACAUCCAAGCAUGCUCCCGUUUCAGGCUGCCCCAGGACAGUUCGGUCCAGAGGUCCGUAAGGAGGGCCUGCACGUGUGGAGGGUAGAAAAGAUGAAGGCGGUGGCCUUAAACGUCUCAGAGGUGGGAGCCUUUUACAACGGAGACUCCUAUCUGGUGCUGGAGAACCGCGGCGAGGAGGGAGCUGACAUCCACAUGUGGAUAGGAGAGAAGUCGUCCAGUGAUGAGCAGGUGGUGUGCGCCAUGCUGGCCAUUCAGCUUGACAACUACCUGGGAGGUGAACCCAUCCAGCACCGACAUGUUCAGGGCUUCGAGUCCUCUGAGUUCAUGCGCCUGUUCCCCAGAGGGGUCACCUACAAGGACGGAGGGGUGGAGUCUGGCUUCAGGAGACAGCAGGGCUCAGGGACGGUGCAAAGGUUGUACCAGAUCAAAGGGAAACGGAAUAUCCGUGCCAAAGAAGUGGAUCUGUCUUGGAAGAGCUUCAACAAGGGCGACUGCUUCAUCCUGGACUUGGGAGAGGUCAUUGUGUCAUGGAUUGGGUCUCAGGCCAACGUCUUUGAGAAGCAGAAGGUGCGAGAGAUUGCUUCUCUGAUUCGUGACACAGACAGGCACGGUAAAGCUCGGAUUGUGGACGCCAGUGAAGGAGAGGAGCCAGAGGAGAUGCUGAAGGUCCUGGGUUCAGCGCCCCAGCUGGCUGAGAGCACGUCAGAGGAGGACAGCAAAGCAGACGCCUCCAACUCCGCCUCCCUCUAUAAGGUGUCUGAUGCGACAGGGUCCAUGACAAUGACCCCAGUGUCGACCAAGAGCCCGUUUGACAAAGAUGUGCUGGUUCGGGAUGACUGCUUCAUUUUGGACAACGGUGCUAACGGCAAGAUCUUUGUCUGGAAAGGUAAUGGAGCAAAUGCUGAGGAGAAGAAGGAGGCGCUUAAGAUGGCUGAUAACUUCAUUGAGCAGAUGAACUACCCCAGGAUGAAGACUCAAGUGGAGAUUCUGCCACAAGGGAAGGAGACCAUCAUCUUCAAGCAAUUUUUCAAGAACUGGAACUGAUGCUACAUGUCACCACUUCAGUCCAUUUUUUUUAAACCAACAUGUAUAUGCACGGAAGUCAUGUGUGUCUAGUCGUAGACCUGGAUAUGAUGCCACUUUUAUACAUUCAGAAUGUUUUCUCAUCACCAGAAAUAAAAGGAGACCCUGCCGAGUCACAGUA